AUGGCAGAGCAUCCAACCCCUGGCGUGCAAUACAUUGUCCUGAAUGGCAAAUGGUGGAUCGCGAAAAACCUCUCCAAGGCCAACUUUGGCGAUGUAGUCAUUGAGAAGGCUAGUCCCAUCUUGGAGCCAGGUCCGGGAAUCAGACAAUCUGCGGUUGGUGACCCGAAGCCUGAGUCGGAAAACCAAUUUGAUUUCGAAGCUAAUAUGCUUCAGUGGCAGCGUGAAGCUUCUCUGGACCCCAAUUACGAGGAGGGUGAUCAGUUCCAUAUCGACAGAGACUUUAGAGAGUUCUACGCCGGCUUGGCGAAGGCGGAGGAGGACGAGGAGGAGGAGGAGGAAGAGUACCACCCUUCCUUCUUUUCAGGCCAGGAAGGCGAGAAGAAUGAGUCGGUUGACACUCUGGAUUUCGACAUCCACCAUGAGCAACAGAAUUUCGGUUUCCCGAACCAGGGCUGCCAGAGCAAACAACCUAGUGAGGGAGCUGGAAACGCUGGCAAUUACUCCGGAGCCGGCCAAGGCCUUCAUCGCCAUCCAAGUCUCUUCGAUGACGAGGAGGAGGAAGAGUAUAAACCUUCUCUCGAUCCCAGUGAAGUGAGAAACCACAUGCUCUGGCUGGCUACCAACCCUCCUCAGAAUGCCUACAACGUUCAGCACCCAGAUGUCUUUCAAUGUCAAGAUGUCUUGAUGGCUACCAAGGGCAACAUCAAUCCUGAGCAGCAGCAGCAGAUUCUCCCCGAUCCUCCUCGCCCUCAAAGCAACCCUCCCUGGCAGCCGGUUGUCCGAGGUUCCCUCAACUCCCACAACGGCCCUCAGCAGCAGGACCGCCCCGGCCCCAGCUACGCUUACACUAAGCCUUAUGGUCAAGACAACCUUGGCAACAAGAUCAAUCCCAGCUACAUCAACCCAUUCAACAACAUCGCCCAGCCUCAGCAGUACAUCCCGUCUCUGGCCCAAGCACAGCAGCUUGCUGCGCCCUCCAACAUAUCCCAGAACGGCCAUCAGUCCCACAGUCAGCCUCAGCAUCAACAAUUCGUCGAGAAUCAGCCCGGCGCCAAUAUGGCACCCUCGCUGCCUGCGACUGGCCCUCCCCGUGGACUCCACCGCGAACGCGUCGGCGUCUACAGUCCAAGCAUUCCGUACCGCCCCUUGUUCCCGGGUAUCGCCCCAGUCGACAACAUGGGAGCCCAGAGACCUCAGGAUCAUUGGCUGACGAAGCUUGGUUGUCCUCGUUGCACGCUGAGAUUCCCGCACGGAGACGCUCUGCGAAAUCACUUGAUCAAUUUCCACUACUUGGACUAUCAUCAUCUGGGAAUUGGCCAUCUCAUCGAGUGGGCCACCAAGGAAGCCCCGCUGGGAAUCGAUGGAUAG